AUCUUGAUGGCCCUGAACCUACCGCCGAUGAAACUUGGGCUUCUUUUGGUUGAUAAAAACCGGGUAAAUGUAGGUGUGUGUGUGUGUGUGUGUGUGCGUGAGAGUGCGGAGUCACGCUCCUGACAGGCUGGGAUUAUAUAACCAAACCAGGCUCUUUAACGGCGCUGCUCACUUUCAGAGGCUUUUCUUCCAAAGCGUCGGACUUUCCAGGGACACAAAUGGGUGAAAAGGAGGAAGGAAGCCCCGAUGGAGUCAAAUAUUUCCGUCUGUCACAGAUCGAGGAUCAGAACACGUUCAAAUCAACGUGGAUCAUCAUCAACAACAACGUCUACGAUGUCACCAAGUUUCUGGAAGAGCACCCCGGAGGAGAGGAGGUGCUGAGGGAGCAGGCGGGCGGUGACGCCACCGAGAGCUUCGAGGACGUGGGACACUCCAGCGACGCCAGAGAGAUGGCGCACAACAUGGUGAUCGGAGAGCUGCACCCGGACGACAGACACAAGAUCGCCAAACAAGAGGAAACACUGGUGACCCCUUUGAAGGACGAGCACAGCUGGUGGACCAACUGGCUGAUUCCCGCUCUGGUGGCGGCCAUCAUCACGCUGAUGUACCGCAUCUUCACCUCGGAGAGCGAGUGACAUCAUCCGACACGCAGCCACGGGCGGCGAGCGCGGCGGGCUCUGGGACAACACUCAAUGCAUCUCAUGCUUUUAACCAAUCAAACGGCAUCACGCCGAUGACGUCAUCGCACCUUGUUGACGUGUGUGAUUUGUGUGUUUGUAUAUCUGUAACUGUUUAUACGCAGAGAUGGUUUCCGUACGCAGAACAUGAAACUGCUUCUGGGUUUUAAAAUUAAAGAACUUCUUUUAGAUCUUCAGUUUGUCUUAAUGUUCCUGAGCUGCAGACGAAACGUUUCAUUAAUCACCUGCAGCGUGUCCCGACUUCUUCUGACCUUUGACCUCUUGCACAGGUCACGUCACCAGACGGUGGUUUUGUGUUGAGGGCAGAUCUGAAUGUAAUGAGGCCUCUGAGAGAAGGGUUCGAACCUCUGGAUCAGAAUGUUGAUGUGAAUGAUAUAAACGUUGUUAUUGGUGUUUCCUGAACUGUUCAACAGCUGAUGUUUACGCUGAAGCUAUAAACUCUGAACGCGUGUCAGGGAUUUAAACGGGAAGCUUCUUAAAGCUGCAGGACGUGACUCCAGGAGCCGCUGGGCUCUGCAGAUUAAGUUAAAGCAUCGAUGAGAUUGGGGCUUUUACUUUGGUGACGAUCACAGAAUGUACCUGGAAGAGUUUUGUGUAAUUCUGCUAAAUAAAAGCAUUAAAGACGAAUCUGAGAACAAAGAAGAUGAAGUGAGUUCUGUUUGCACAAACCAAACGCUGCAAAUACAAUAAAAUGAUUCAGUCAACACUC